ACUGUCGAAUUCACAAAUUAUGAAUUACUGAAAAGUAGAAAAAACAACAACUAAAUAGCUGCGUAUGAUACACCGCGGGUCGGCUCGUAGUAAUUACUGUAAUACUUACUUAACUUUAACUUAUUACUAUAUAAUAUAAAUAAAUGAAUAAUAAACCUAAAUCAAUGGCUAAAUAUAUCAAUAUAUUAUAAUAAUAGUUCAAUAUAGGCAAGAAAUUAACUUUAAACAGCAAUGUUUGCUAGCAGGAUUUGCUAUAUAAAAAGCGGCCAUCUGUAAGUUAGAGUGGCUUCCCCUGAAUCUCGCACUAUAAUUGUAUAAUUUUAUAAAAAAACUUCAACAAGAUGGCUGCUAUAGUAAAUGAGCGCAAUGUUGCAUCUGUUUGAAACAUCGCUAGUUUUCAUUUAUUACUGAUAAGCUUUAAUUCAAUUGUUUAAAAACAGCAAUCUCAUUAGACCAGUACAAGCAUACAUAAAUAAAAGACUGGCAACAGUGUUUUAAUAAAUAAAAACCAUGGAACUUGUACCUCUUCAUCAUUGCAAAGAGUUCACAGAAUCUUGCACAGAAAUACUAAAUUCUUUCUGGCCCAGAUCUGUAGCAGCAAGAGAGCAUAGUCUCCAUCAGUCAUGUGAUAGUAUGCCCAUCUCAUUAGUGCUCAUUAAUCGCCAACACAAUAAAGAUGCUGAGGUUAUUGGAUAUAGCAGAAUUGCUGCUGUACAGGGAAUAUUACAAGCCUGUCUUGUGGAAUCUGUGAUCAUACGAGAGGUUGAUAGAGGCAAAGGUUUUGGAAGAGUUCUCAUGCAGUUGACUGAAGACUUUGCAAGGAAUAAAUUGAAGAUGAAAGUAAUUUAUCUAAAUACAAUAGACCAGCAAGCUUUCUAUUCUAGACUGGGCUAUUCAAGGUGUAAUCCUGUCAUUAGUCUAGGUGCUAAUGCUCAUAGAAUACCAGAACACAUGCUUCAAAGGCUCUUGGGGUCUGAAGGAAAUGUGAGAAUUGACAAUCAACAACUGAGCCACUUAGAUCAACGUAAUACAUUAAAAUCUCCUUCUGUGUGCAAAGAAGGGGUGCCUCCACCACCACCACCACCUCCUCCACCACAACGAAAUAUUUCUUACAACCAUGCUGUAGUGAGAAUGGACCCAAAUUCUGUGUUUUGGAUGAAAAAAGAUUUGUGAUAACGUUUAAAUUUCUGAUUUAUUUGAAUGAUAGUGGCAGCACCUAUUACUGAUUUUACCCAUGUGUGGUUAUAGUACUUUUAGUUAUGUUAUACUAUUCCAGUUUUUCAUACAGUGGAAUUGUCAUCACAGUGAAAUCUCUUCUUAGGUGGUACACAAAUAAAUAUGAUACCUUUUUUAUUCUUUCACCUUUUAGUGUGAGCGCAACAGUGUUUUUUUUUACAAAUUUUAUAUAUACUUACUUUUUACUAACAAAGAAAAUAAACAGUCCUUAGUUUAACAUUUCAUUAAACUAAGGCUGAAAAA